GCGUUGAUUCCCGUCAUGCUUUUCGCACCCGCAAAUCCUUCAACGUGUACAGCAGCACGCGAGAAAGUUCGUCUCUCCUUCAUCUGUCGAUAGUACAAACAGGCCCUGAUCCCUCUCAAAAUGACCACGUACGAAGACAAAGGAGAGAAGCCUGAAGUUGGCCGAUUCUUGGCUUUUGAUCACAUCACGUUCUGGGUCGGGAAUGCAAAACAGGCUGCCUCGUUCUAUUGCACAAGGAUGGGGUUUAAACCUAUGGCCUACAAAGGACUAGAGACAGGUUCGCGGGAUGAGGUGAUCCAUGUAAUCAAGCAAGAUAAGAUCAUAUUUGUACUGAAAUCCCCAUUGAACCCCUGUGGAAAGUUAACUGAAGAAAUGGGAAAACAUCAAACCACACAUGGUGAUGGAGUCAAAGACAUUGCAUUUGAAGUUGAAGACUGCGUUGCACUGUACAAGGAGUGUGUCAAGAGAGGAGCUGUAUCUGUACGGGAGCCAUGGGAGGAGUCUGAUGGCAAUGGUUCUGUAACCAUGGCAACAGUUCAAACAUAUGGGGAUACAACCCACACGUUUGUGGAGAGAAAAGAUUUUAAUGGUCUAUUCCUUCCUGGAUUCAAGCCACCAAUGCAUGAGGAUAAGCUGCUCUUUAAACUCCCGAAGGCAGGAUUGCAUUUCAUUGACCACGUUGUUGGAAACCAGCCAAACGAUGCCAUGGUCCCAAUAGCUGAAUGGUAUGAGAAGAAUUUGCAGUUCCAUCGAUUCUGGUCUGUGGAUGACAAACAAAUUCACACAGAGUUCAGUGCACUGCGAUCUAUUGUGGUGACAAACUGGGAGGAGACCAUCAAGAUGCCAAUCAACGAACCAGCUCCAGGGAAACGCAAAAGCCAGAUCCAGGAGUUUGUUGACUAUUACGGCACUGCUGGUGUCCAACACAUUGCACUCAAUACAUCAGAUAUUAUCACAGCUAUUUCCAAUCUUAAAGAGCGUGGGAUGCAGUUUCUUUCUAUCCCGGACAAAUACUACGACAACUUGAGAGAGCGCCUGAAGCAUGCUAGUAUCACCGUGACAGAAUCAAUUGAUGAGCUGCAAAAGCUGAAGAUCCUGGUAGACUUUGACGACAAGGGCUACCUACUCCAGAUAUUUACCAAGCCAUGUCAGGACAGACCGACACUCUUCCUGGAAGUUAUCCAGAGACACAACCACACCGGGUUCGGUGCUGGUAACUUCAAGGCUCUUUUCGAGUCCAUCGAACAAGACCAGGGCGAGCGAGGCAAUCUUUGACAUCGCCGGCAAGCGGAUCCAGCAAAUAUCCUAAGGUCAUUUAACUAGUAUAAAGAAGUUUUUAUAGAUGGUAUGGGUAACAAUUUUAAUUGUCAACAGAUAUCGUGUGAAAUGCCCAGGUUGUUUUGAAAUCAUAUUUAACUUGCUAAAGUUAAGAUAAUAUUUAAUAAAGCAUUUAUAGAAAUGUGUUCUUUAAAGAAAUUUGCUAGCGAGAAGGAUCAAAUAAAGCGGAACUGUUUGA